AUGCCGUUCAAAUUCGAUCCCGAAUAUGAUGCGAUUCUGCAAUCUCUUUUUGGCAACAGAUCUACCCCGAAUGCCCUUGCGGUAGGGGAUGUCGAAGCCCGACGCGCUCAAAUGGAGCCUGGUAUCGCUAUCUUGGCCGACCCUAAUUUCCCUCUUGAUCGCGUCACGACAAGAGACUUCUUUGCCGACACCUCGGACGGCCAAAAGAUCCUUCUUCGCUGGUACUCUUCAGAUCACAAGUCUCCGAGCCCAGCGGUGAUCUACGCUCAUGGUGGGGGUAUGAUCUUGGGCAGUGUCAAGGCUUAUGAUAAAGUAGUGGCGGCAUAUGUCGCCCGCACAGGGGUGCCGUUUCUUGCAGUUGAUUAUCGCCUUGCUCCGGAGCAUCCCCAUCCUAUACCCGUCAACGAUGUUUAUGCCGCUUUUCAGUGGCUAGUCGCGCACUCGAACGAACUUGGUGUGGAUAGCAGCCGCAUUGGUAUCAUGGGGGAUAGCGCUGGUGGCGGCCUGGCUGUAGCAACGGCACUCCUUGCUCGACAGGACAAUGGACCCCGUCUUGCGAAGCUUAUCCUGCUUUCCCCCAUGCUCGAUGAUCGCACAGUAUCAGCAGACGAGCACUUGGCCCCGUUUCUGAGCUGGAACACCACAGAUAACGAAACCGGCUGGCAGGCCCUGCUGGGCUGCAGUAGGGGCAGAGAGAUGGUGACUGAAACAGCCGCACCAGCACGGAUGGUAGAUGCUACGAGUAUGCCGCCUCUGUAUAUCGAGGUGGGCGAGUUGGAUCUCUUCCGGAACGAGUCGAUUGGACUUGCGACCAAAUUCUACAAGUCCGGUGUCAGUGCAGAGCUUCAUGUGUAUCCAGGUUGUCCGCAUGGAUUUGACAUCUUCCCCUCGAGAGGAACUGGUGUCUGCAUAAGGGCGUUUGAGAACCGAGACCGAGCCAUUAAGAGUAUAUAUCCGGUAGAUUCAUAA